AUGGCCUCCUGCAGCCUGGAAGUCCUAGCACAGAGCCAGUUCCUGGAGCACAGAGUUGAGACCGAGGAGGACACUGUGCUGGAGGCCUCUGCAGAUGCUGUGGAGGACAUCUGGUCCAACUUAGACGUGGAGACCGCACCGGAGGCUGAGAUCGAGGCAAUCCGGCAAGCCUUCAGUCUGGGCCAGGACUUCGUCCACAUGAAGGUAGACGAGGACUGGCCGGCCCUUCCCUUGGUGCUUGGAAGCGAGGCUUGGCAUAGCAGUUGGGAUGCUCCUCAGUCCGUGGUGGAUUUCCUGGCUGAAGACCCGCCGAGUCCUCCGCGUUUCGAGGAGCCUCCGCCUCAGGCCGAGGCUGCCCAGGAGGACGCCGAGCACGCCGAGCAGGAGGAGCAGGCGGAGCAGGAGGUGCUGGAGAGCUCGCACCAUGACGAUGCAUCGCCGAAACCGGUUGCUGAGGAGGCACCUGACUUGGUGUCUUCCUUGAACGCGCUCUUCGCGCGCAGAGGUGGUCCUCUCGAGGCCACCGAGCACCAGCGCUUCGAGAUGAGGCAGCUGCGAUGUGCUUCCCGAUGUUGGAGCGAGGUGGCCAGCGUAGAGCCGCUGCAUGGAUUUGCCAUGCCGGCCGUUGCGCACGUGGCGAUGCACUGGGGGAUGUACAGCGAGCGUGGGCUGCUUUACACCAAGAGCUUCGGAUCUCCCAGCGAUCUCGUGUGGAGUCACGACCCUGAUAUGGAUCACGGAGAUUUCGAUGGAAGCAGCGAAGGCCCGGCUGCUGUCCCGACACUGCUCGGUUCCCGAAACGAAGAAUGGAGAGGGGCGACGAUCGAUGCCUACACGGCUUACACGCUCUGGCGAGCCCUGCUCCAGCGGGUCUGCGACUGGCACGACACGCAGGGCAAAGAGAGGCCGUUCGGAAUGGGCUUGGAGGUCUGUCGCUUGAAGCUGGGAUCUGGGCCCGGCGAAGUGGAGGUCGAGGUUUCCCAACCUGCGUGUACGAUUCCUUUGAAAUUCCGGGGGCGUCCUGGAUCGGAUUCGCGCGCCGAGGCAUCGACUGAGAGGCAACGUGAGCCCUUCCAAAGCUUGUGCCGAAAGGCCAUCGACAAUGGCCACGAUCGGCGCCGCGGAGCAGCUUCGGACGCAAAGCCGUUGCUGGACCUGUGCCCCUUAGCGCCUGGGUGUCAGGUGCAGCCGCUGCAUCGAUUUCAUCCAAAGCCUGCGCUGCAUGGCCAAAGAGAGCCCGAAGAUGCCUAG